AUGAAGAACGCCCACUGCGAGAACGGAGGAGUACAACUUGAAGGCUCCCAAAUCGUGGAAACUCCGUCAUACGUAUACCUCGGACGUUCUAUGAACAUGGAAAACGACUUGAAGGAAGAACUGAAUAGAAGAAUGAGAGCAGCAUGGGCAGCAUUCGCAGCCGUCAGGGAAGCUACGGACCAACUGACGGUCCAAGAUCUUCGUGCCCAUCUGUUCGACUUGGCAGCCCUUCCCGCGCUUUGUUACGCAGCGGAGACGUGGGCAGACACCGCGGCCACGUCUAGGAAGUUACUUACUACCCACAGAGCCCUUGAGAGAUGUCUCCUGAAGUUUAACCGGUGCACACAACACCUAGCCGGUCUUCGCAGCUUCGACUUAGGAGGAAUGUCCCGUCUUCGCGACCCAGCGGAAUAUGUAUCGAAAGCAAAACAUAGAUGGGCCGGUCACAUCAUGAGAAGAAUCGACGAUAGAUGGACUAAAAGAAAGCUAGAGUGGAUCCCAAGGGACGCCAAACGCCCCCGAGGGAGACCGCCAACGAGAUGGGGUGACGUGUUCGCUGCACGGAUGGACCAGCUGAGAGCUCAGCUGGAUACGGCUCAAGGACCUCCUCCACGUCACUCACGAAGCUUGAGAACAUCUUGGAUGGCAAUAGCGAGGAAACGAAACGAGUGGAAGAGAUGCUGGGGCCCGCACGUCCAGUGA